AUGUCCUCCAAAAGAAAGACGCCGAUAAAACUGGCGGCGCCGGCAGUGAAACAGAGCGCGAAGACCCCUUCCAGAACAAGGAUAGACGAGACCAGGACGACGGUGGCUCUUUCAGAUGCUCUCCAGACCGCAUCACCAGGCACUGCCGAGACGAUAGAAAUAUCGAGCGAUUCAGAGAGCGACUACGAUGACUUAUCAGACGCCGAGGGGGAGAAGACGUCUGCGAAGGCCGCACAGCCAAAACACCUCUCACAACGGACGCAGCAGCCCACCCCCGACGACACGGCGAGGUCGAUACCCAAAAGCCGUGAUGUCGACAUGCUUGACCCCUCACAGGCCGAAGACUCAGACGAGGAGCCUUCUGCACCCACGUUUGGCGAUCUCAUUCGCAAUCACGAGACGAUAGAUGUCACAUCCCAAACGGUCGAUGUGUCGUCCCAUACUCCUGUCGCCAGCGGCGCACUGACGAUUGCUACGCCGAAAUCACUUGCACCACCAUCCCUAGCCUCUCUUGGUACCGUUCUCUCCCAGGCUCUGCGGACGGACGACAUAGACCUACUAGAGUCCUGUCUGCACACCACCGAUCUCAAUACCGUCCGCAGCACCAUCCAGCGACUCGAUUCGAACCUAGCAGGAGUUCUACUCACCAAGCUCGCCUCGCGCAUGCACAGGAGGCCGGGACGAGCACACACGUUAAUGAGCUGGGUGCAGUGGACGCUUGUAGCCCAUGGCGGAGCGCUGGCUUCCCAGCCCGAUAUCCAGAAGCGGCUUAGCGAGCUGAACAGGGUCCUGGAGGAGCGGUCAAGGGGGCUCACAAGCCUUCUCGCGCUCAAGGGAAAGCUGGACAUGCUGGAGGCACAAAUGACGCUACGUCGGACUAAUAGGACACGCCGGUCACAUGGCCGUGGAGCCAUCGACAGCGACGAAGACGACUUAGACGAGGAUGAUGAGGAUGGCGUCAUCUACGUGGAAGGUGAGGAGGACGACGCAAAUCGGACAAACGGCAUCUUCUCGGGCAGGAGAGAUUUCGAAGAUGAUGAAUUCCCUGCCGUGAACGGCGCUGGUGCUAACUCGGAAGAUGACUCGGAGGAUGAGGACGAGGACGACAUGGAUGUCGAUCUAGACCUGGCAGAGGAGUCGCUGGACGAGGAUGAGGUCGACCACGACGAUGUGGAAGAGUCAGGGGAGGAGGACGAGAGCGAACCAGAGGCUGCAGCACCUCCGGCCAAGGUGCAGAAGAAGGCAGCGGCCGCGUUUUCGAAGCGCAGAUGA